AUGGAGCGGGUCAGCCUCCACGGCUGGGGCAAGCGCGUCGCCGAGCGGGCGCUCUGGGCGUCGGGAUGCUACGAGUCUCGACGCGCCGAGGUCUACUUCGAGCUCGACGGCGUCGAGCUCCCUGCGCGGCCCGCCCACUACGAGGGCGCCGGCGUGGCGGAGCGGACAUACCUUGAGAGCCAUAUGCAGCGCAUUUGCUCGAAGCAGCGCCUCGACGAGCUUCGGACCUCAUCUCGCGACUCCCUGCCCUACCCGGUCGACGAGCCGCCUCUCGUCCAGAAGUGCCGGGCUCCGGGGUACAGCGGCGGCGAGCUCAACCUGCAGCCCUCGCUCUGGUUCAUGGCUGCCAUCUGCUGCUUCUCCGCCUCCGCGACCGCCUUUCUCGAGGCGUACGUGCUCAGCGCCAGCGGCCACCUCGCAGUCUUCCUGGUCGGCGGCUACGUGGUCUUCAGCAGCUACUUCGUCUGUGACUAUGGUGACGCCCGCGCCGCCGCCGCCGCAGCGCUUCCUUCCCUCGCCAUCUCACCGCUGCCGCACCGCCGCACCGCAGUCAUGAUGCGCGUCUCGACUUCGUACGCCGCCAUCCCGGACGCCAAGAA